AUGACUGAUCUUCAAAAAAAAAAGUUCCACCGACAUAUUAGAAGAGAUGCCGCAGUCUUACUGUUAGAUCGAGUUCCCAGCUCUCGUUCACUAGACUUCCCUUGCUAUCCAGAAAUGUUCAUCAAAAAUGACCAUGCCGGCGACAGAAAGCGCCUUGAAGAUUGGAGAAUCAAAGGCUACGACCCUUUGACUCCUCCGGACUUGCUUCAACAUGAGCUUCCAAUCUCAGAGAAAGGCGCCAAAAACAUUGUAGAUGCCCGCGAACAAGUUUGUGACAUCCUAAACGGCAAGGACGACCGUCUAGUUAUUGUGAUAGGUCCUUGCUCAAUCCACGACCCUAAGGCCGCAUACGAGUACUGCGAUCGCUUGUCGCAGAUCUCGCAAAAACUGUCCAAGGACCUUCUCAUUAUUAUGAGAGCUUACUUGGAGAAGCCCAGAACUACAGUCGGCUGGAAAGGUUUGAUUAACGACCCAGACAUCGACAACUCUUUCCAGAUCAACAAGGGUCUGAGGAUUUCAAGAGAGAUGUUCACUAACCUGGUGGAAAAAAUGCCUAUUGCUGGAGAAAUGCUUGACACCAUCUCCCCACAGUUCUUGAGUGACUGCUUCUCGCUCGGCGCUAUUGGCGCAAGAACCACUGAAUCUCAACUUCACCGUGAGUUGGCCUCUGGUCUUUCUUUCCCUAUCGGUUUCAAGAACGGUACCGAUGGUGGCCUGCAAGUCUCCAUUGACGCCAUGAGAGCCGCUGCUCACGCGCACUACUUCUUGUCCGUUACAAAGCCUGGCGUCACUGCCAUUGUCGGCACAGAGGGUAACAGUGACACUUUCAUUAUCUUGAGAGGCGGUAAAAAGGGAACAAACUUUGAUGCCGAAAGCGUCAAGCAGGCCCAAUCCGAGCUCAUUCAAGCCAAGGUUGUCGAUGAGAACAGCUCGGCCAGAAGAAUUAUGAUCGACUGUUCUCACGGCAACAGCAGCAAAGACUACAGAAACCAGCCCAAGGUCGCUCAGUCUAUCUUCGAGCAACUGACAGAUGGCCAAAACGCCAUUUGCGGUGUCAUGAUCGAGUCCAACUUGGUUGAAGGCAGACAAGAUAUCACUCCAGAGGGCGGCCGUGAAGGACUAAAAUACGGUUGCUCCAUUACCGAUGCCUGUAUCGGCUGGGAGUCUACCGAGGAAGUUCUGACACUUUUGGCGAAGGGCGUCCAAAACAGAAGAAAAGCUUUGAGUAAGUAG